AUGAGUGAAGACACUGAUGGACUGGCAGAGCUGGACUCUGAGCACAAUGCAGAGCUGGCCGACAUGGUGGCCGCCAUGAGCAUGGCAUCCAACCGGAUGACCCCUCCCAACAGUCACCGAAGGCCCCCUGCACCAGCGCGCCGGAAGCUGUCAUUGUCAGACAGGAAGCUAUCAUUGCAGGAGCGAUCGACCCAGCCGCGAGAGGCCCGACAGCCCACCAUCGAGUCCAAGCGGGUGUCCAUCUCAGAUUCCCAGAAUUGUAUCCAGCUCAACCAAUACAAGUUGAAGGAUGAGAUUGGAAAGGGCUCAUAUGGGGUGGUGAGAUUAGCUUACAAUGAAGAUGAUGAACAAUACUAUGCAAUGAAAGCUUUUUCAAAAAAGAAGUUGAUGAAGAUGUGUGGAUUUCCUCGGCGCCCCCCUCCUCGAGGAGCCAGCACAGAACAGGGUCUGCCACCCAAACCCCUGGGGCCACUGGAGAGAGUCUACCAGGAGAUCGCCAUCCUGAAGAAACUAGACCACCUUAACAUUGUCAAUUUGGUGGAGGUUCUCGAUGAUCCUGCUGAAGAUAAUCUCCACAUGGCCUUUGAGUUAAUGCCAAAAGGCCCAGUGAUGGAGGUGCCCUCAGACACUCCUUUCACAGAGGGACAAGCCCGCUUCUACUUCAGAGACAUCAUCCUGGGGAUUGAAUACUUGCACUACCAGAAGAUCAUCCACAGAGACAUCAAGCCUUCCAACCUGUUGCUGGGAGACAAUGGGCAUGUGAAGAUUGCAGACUUUGGUGUCAGUAACCAGUUUGAGGGGAGUGAUGCUCUCCUGUCCAGCUCAGCAGGGACUCCAGCCUUCAUGGCCCCCGAGAUGAUGACUGACCAUGAACAGAGCUUUACUGGCAAGGCCUUGGAUGUGUGGGCCAUGGGAAUCACCCUGUACUGCUUUGUCUAUGGGAAGUGCCCUUUCAUUGAUGAAUACAUCAUUGGGUUGCACAAUAAGAUCAGGAACAGGCCUGUGGAGUUCCCAGACAUGCCGGAAGUUUGCAAGGAGUUGAAGGAUCUUAUUGUAAGGAUGCUGGAUAAAAAUCCUUAUACAAGGAUCACCAUUCCUGAAAUCAAGGAGCACCCGUGGGUGACAGAGGAUGGCACUGACCUUCUACCCCUGGAGGAGGAACACUGCACCGUGGUGGAGGUCACUGAGGAGGAGGUCCAGAACUCUAUCAAACUCAUCCCCAGUCUGUCUGCUGUGAUUCUGGUGAAGUCCAUGCUGAGGAAGAGGUCCUUCAGUAACCCCUUUGUGUGUCAGAAUAGGAGGGCAGAGAGGUCCAUGUCUGCUCCAGGAGGUUUCCUUGUAGACUCUUGGGGGAUUUUGGAAUCCAAGGUUCAUCCUUCGUUGAGGAAAUCAAGCAGAGUCGGAGAGUUGGAUGGAAACGUAGAAGGAGAGUUGGAGGACCUUACUGAAGAUGAUGUCCAAGAAAAUAGUUUAAAUCAUGUCCCUUUCACUAUGCUCCGGGAGCCAAACUUUGACCCCUUCCGCAACUGGCACCACGGCUCAUGGCUCUUUGACCAGUCCUUCGGGAUGCCCCAGAUCCCAGACAAGUGA